AUUGGCCUUCUUACUACUCGACUGUGACUCCCAGCCUCGAACAGCGAAAUUUGACACGAAGUGCAGAAAAGACCUCCAUCUCCAGUGUUCUUCAGGUCUAUAUACGUGCGUUCUCGCUCAUUUUCAGCGAGGUCUCGUGAGGGUUACACGUUCGGCUGAUCCCAUCACAUCAUAUCAGCCUCGCUCUCCACCAACCCUUUCACAGCAUCAACCCGCCCCGAUCGACGCUCGGAUCCCUUUCAAAUCUACAGCGAUCGACCUUUUCCAAGCCAUGUCUAGAUACCGUGCUGACCCUCGAUACUCUGAGAGCAAUCUUGCCUACCGAGAUCCCCCACCGCAGCGAUGGGAUACCGAUCGCUUUGUGCGCGAACGAGAGAUCCGAGCCCCUCCAGUCAUCGAUCAACGCCCUCCAUAUGACUAUCCUCCACGUCGCCAACCUGUCUAUGAAGACCAGCGCUACUAUGAGGAGGAACGCUAUGGGCCGCGAGGGGCCACAGAACGUAGAUAUUUCGAGGAGGCGGAUUACUAUGAUCCUAGGGCGCAAAGGGGUCAGAUGGUCCCUUAUGCUCCUGAUCGCCCUGCCAGACCCGAAGCACCACCACGCCCUGGAAUUCUUCGGAGGCAAUCCAGCUUGGACACUUUCGAUCGUCGACCAAUGCGUCGUUAUGAAGACUAUGACGACGCCUAUAGACCGCAAAGACCAAACCCUCCGAGGGAAUUAAUUCCUGUGCGGGCGCCGUCGCCAAAGAGGUCCUACCCAAGAUAUGAUGAGCGGAUCUAUGAUGAUAUCCGUGUUCAAGACCCCGACUACUACGGAGAUGAUGGCUUCCGGGAAUACCGAGAACGGGAAUGGCUCACGCGCAGGAGGAGGAACAGCAGCCCAUCGCCAGAUCGACGGACCGUCAGAGAGGAGUUCAUUGAGAAGGAAGAGAUCAAAGAGAUUAAAGAAGAGAAGCCGUAUCCGCGUCGGGGAAAGACACGGAUGCCAAAGAGACUGGUGAACACCAAGGUUCUUUACGAGCUGGGUUAUCCUUACUACGAAGAGGACGAGCGGACUAUUAUCAUUGAGAAAGCCUUGGGUCCGGACAACAUUGACGAAAUUUUCGCAAGGAGCAAGGAGUACCGUGAGAGAGAAGUCACCACUACUCGACUCAUCGAAGCUCCUCCUGUGGAGACAAGACCACGAGCAUCUAGUGGUCGCGGCGACAUGGUCUAUGAGAAGACGGAAAAGAUCGAGGAAUUCAAGACUGUGCCUCUAGCCGAAGCGCCUCGGUCCGUUCGAGAAUGGGAUCAAUUAUCGGUCCGGUCGCCGUCUCCAAGAUCUCACCGAUCACAUUCUCGGAGACGAUCAAGACGUGGGUCGUCGCCUGGCGUGGUCAAGGAAAUCACCGUCGAGAAGAAGGAGGUCAUCAAAGAAGUAUCUCCAGCCCGGACACACCGAUCCAGCAAUACUCGUCGCAGAGGAUCUUCUGUUAGUGACGACACCUCGAUCAUUGAACGUAAGAUUAUACGCGAAGGAGGCGAUGAAGACUCCAACUCUGUGCAUGUUGGCCCAUUGGCUCUUGUCGUGGACAGAAACCCACGCAGUGACCGCGACAUCAAAGAGGAAAUCCGCAGGCUGGAAGCUGAGCGCCGAGCGUUGCGGAAAGAAAGGCGGUAUGAGCGCGAAGGUGCUACUGAGAUCGUCAGAGUGGAUCGAGUCCGCGACAGAUCUCCUUCGCCUCGUGGUGAAGUCAUCAUCGAACGGCGAGGCGACGAGAUCCUGGAAGUGAAGAAAGACAGGAGAGGUAGGAUGUCGCUCGUGGCCAAGUGAAGUAACAACUUUCCUGAUGGUGUCUGCAGGUCGGUCACGCUCGACUGCUCCCAGUCCUGGCAUCAUCAAAGCUAUGAUGGCAACGCUCACCUAAAAGUGCCUUGCAACAGUGUUGAGCCAUUGUGACGAGCAGGUUCGUCGGUCAACAUUUGGAAAUGUACGACUCUGCAAUAUAUCCUGGAAAGCGCCGAUGCUGGUCAUCUUGUUCGACUCCGGGCUACGGGUGCAUAUACCUGAACCAUGUCACGCAAUGUCUGGGCAACGUUGGAGAGAAGAUGACGACUUGGAAAGGAACCGAGAGGACCUGGAGAGAAUUUUGGACGAAUUUCUUUUGUAACGAAGCGCCACCUGAAAUCUGGCUUUGGACUCUUGAUAGACACAACAUGCAAGAUACCUACGUUCCACUUCUGAAGCCGUACAAGCAGAAAUCUCAUUUCGUAUUUUUCAUAGCCGUGUGCCUG